AUGAAAGAGUUGGUACUUACGUGUAUAUCUUGCUAUCAUCAUGCACCUGUGUCAAUUUACGCAUGUAAAAAGAAAAACCAAAUGGCGCACGGGGAUUCGGACAUUUCCCGGAUAUGCCAUUGGAAACAGUUAGUAAGCGCUAACGGAGUUGAGGUCCAACCCGCUGGUGUGACCAAACAAAAAUUCUCAAGUGUCAUAGCUGCUGCGAACCAGCUACCAACUGAACAAAGUGAGUUAUCACUUGCAGGGCAGCAGGCAGACAGUGACGCGACCUGA